UUACAUCGUGUGACAUUAGUUCUUGUCAGACAGGUGCAUGAGGCACAAUGUUGCAGAUAAGGUUUGGGGCGACUCUACUGUUCCUUCUGUUGGUGGCCAGAUGUGUUGCAGUGGAAGAAACCCAAAGUAAAGGCUGUGUUUGCGGGCACCCUGGAAUACCGGGGGAUCCUGGACACAAUGGUGCACCUGGGAGAGACGGCCGAGAUGGACUCAGAGGUGACAAAGGUGAUCAAGGUGAAACUGGCCCAGCUGGACCAGCAGGAAAUGAUGGCAACAAGGGAGACAAAGGGGAGCUUGGUGCAACUGGCCCAGCAGGGCUCAAAGGAAAAAGAGGUGAUAAUGGAGAACGAGGGCCUCCUGGAAAAAUGGGGCCCCAAGGAGUGCAAGGGCCCACUGGCCUGAAAGGAAAUAAAGGAGAGCUUGGGCUGCCUGGACCCGAAGGACCCAAAGGAGAAUUGGGGCCACCUGGACCAGAGGGUCCAAAGGGAGAAAUUGGCCUGCGAGGCGACAGAGGCAUUCAGGGACCACUAGGACCCCCAGGCAAGCCGGGCCCUAAGGGGGAACUAGGUGUUCCAGGCCACAAAGGAAAUAUAGGCUACCGUGGGGAUAGAGGGUCUCGAGGUGAGAAGGGCGAUAUGGGUGAAAAGGGAGACGCACUUAUUAUCCCUAAAAGUGCCUUUUCUGUGGGACUCACGGCUCAAUCUAAACUCCCGGCAGCAAAUGCACCAAUCCGGUUUGACAAGAUUAUUUACAAUGAACAGAAUCACUACAGUAUGCAAACAGGAAGGUUCACAUGCUCCGUGGCAGGUGCUUACUUCUUCACCUACCACAUCACUGUAUUUUCCAGAAAUGUGAAAGUGGCCCUGGUGAAGAAUGGGGCAAAAAUCAUCCACACCACGGAUAACUACCAGAGCAGCGAGGACCAGGCAGCAGGGGGCGCUGUGCUGCACCUGGGGGUGGGGGAUAAGGUGUGGCUGCAGGUGGCUGGAGGAGAGCUGUUCAAUGGGCUCUUUGCUGAUGAAGAUGAUGACACUACAUUUUCAGGGUUCAUAAUAUUUGGAACUUAAUUCACCAUGCAUUCAUUUAUAACUACUGGUAUUAGAAAUAAUAAAAUACUUUUAAUAAUAGAAAUCAGCCAAUAGAGAUCAAUUUGCCACUGAAAUAUGGUUAAUUUUAUAUUCUGUUGUAGCAAAUGUUAAUAAAGUACAUUAUUAUAUAUUGUACAAAUUUGAAAAAUUGUAAUUAGCUUCCGAAUAAUCUAAUUUAUGUUUCUUACUAUAUCUCCUCUCAUAUAUUUCAAAAGGAAAUAUACUUUUCUACACUUGCUUGGCAAUUGUAAUUUGGCUGAUUAUAAUUCUAACUGCGAAACAAAUGACAAGCUUAAAAACACAGUUUGUUAUCAUACAUUAAGCUACCCUUAGAGGUUGUUCAAAUGUUACUACAAGAAAUACUUUUUAAUAUGAAUGAAUUAAUGAUGGACUACAAAGUGGUGCA